AUGACCACCAUGGAAGAACAGGAUCUGAGCGAAUAUUUUCGUAUGCAGUAUGGACAGAAGUUGCUGAAACUGUUGAUGAAAUUCCCUGUAUCAGAGGAGCAGUCUCCGUCUCCUUCCAUUCGACUCCUAGAAAAGAAAAAAGAAGCCAAAUUGGUGCACCAGGCCAUGGAGGCUCAAAAGGAGGCCUUUAAGACAAGGAUGGAGUCCUUGAACAACCGAUGGGAGGAACUUGGAGCAAAAGAGGUCCAGCUGAAAGCAUAUAUUCGGAAAUUUGAACAAUUCAUACAGGAAAAUGACCAGAAACGAAUCCGAGCCUUGAAGAAAGCCAACAAGGAACGAGAACUGAAGAAACAGCGAAUGAAAGAAUUGGCCAAGGCUAAGCUGGAGAUGACAACUCUCAAACAGCAGCAUCAGAAGCUCUACAACAAGCUACAGCAAUAUUCCAUCUUCAACAAAUAUCUGGAGAAGGUGGUUGAGGUUUCAGAGUUUGAGGAGAUCCGGGAGGUUAUUGGACGCUAUAGGACUCUCAUAGGCAUGCACCGGGAUCUCGUGCAGUCGGCCCAAGAGGGGCUGGAGAUGAUUGAACAAGCCAAAGUCCGCCUGGGCCGCUACAAGGAGGAAAAAGAUGAUGAAAUCCUGCAGCACAACAAUGAGCUGGCACGCUUGCAGCUACGUUUUGAUCAUGCCCGCAGUGAUGUCAUUCUCUGGGAAUCCCGCUGGGCCCAUAUCCAAAAUACUGCUGCUCAAAAAACCCUAAAGUUGGGUACGAUCAAAAUGGCCACCUUGAACCUCUUCCAGAGUGUAAACAAGCAGAUGAAGGAAACUUUAAGUGUGUCUGUGGAAGAUACCCAUAAGCAGCUGGAUAUGAUCCAGCAGUUUAUCCAAGACCUGUCAGAUAUCUGGACAGAGGUAAAAAAGAAGGAUCAAAACCGGUCUCAAACUGGAGUGCCUAAGGACUAG